AUGUUGGACAACAGCACCGUGCAGCCUCAAGACUAUUCACGUGGAGUGGGUGUUGAUCAAUGCAUGCAUGCAGUACCUCAAGUGGAAAAUGUAUCAGCGUUGGCUGAAGUGGCCAGCAGCGUGCCCAAGUCUUCAGCUAGUUUGCUUCAGGAUGGUUCGGAUCCUGCCGCUGUUGGGUCCGUUCUGGACUCCAACCUAGCACCUGCAUCAUCAUUGGCUGCUAGCAGUCCAUCACGCAUUGUGUCCUUGGACGUGGGACGGGAGCUGGCUGCUGCCACUGCUGGGGUGUCUACUUCGACGCUCUCUCCCCAGAGUGGUGGCCACGGUGAGCCGCUUGUACAACUGACGAUGGAGCGGGAGGGUCCUGCAGCAACACUGCCCUCCUUCGCUCCAGAGUCAGUACCUGUUGGCGAUGCAGUGUCGGCCACGGCGGACGUGGCCACGUCUCGUGCUUGCAUGUCGCCAUGUUCAUCGGCGGCAUCCGAGAUGUCUUCAAGUGCGUCUUCAGCUGCGGCCUCACCGCCCCCAUCGCCCAAGUCGGUGGUUCCUCCACGACAACAGCCACCGGCCAUCCAUAGGCGUAGCUCACGCCAUGCUAUGGAAGCUGAUGGGGCGAAGGCGACGGAUGAAGAUACCAUGACGAAGGCUAUGCGUCGCAAGGCGGCGAUAAAUCUUGACCCAUGUGGUUAUCUACAGGUCCACCGCUUUGCUCCGUUCGUGGUCUUUGCUUCAACGAGCAGAGAGUCGCGGCCUCUUUAUGGAGGUAUCUACACGAUUGGAGGAUGUGGUGAAGGAUAUUUUUUCCCAACAUGGAUGGCGGCGUAA